AUGGCUGGAGACUGCCCCCCGCCUUUUGAGAACCGGCGAGGGCUUUUCCUGCAGGCCUCUUCUUUAAGGAGCUCCCAGUUUGUGACGGAAGAACUGCAAGUCUCUGCUGCGGGUGGCACAGAAGAUGUUGGCAGUUUGUUGGAGAAUCAUUUCUCUGCUGGAGAUGCAAGUCUAGAGGAGAAAGAAAGGGCGCUUUAUGCAGAUGCGGCCCCUGGAGACAAGAACCUGCUCCUUCACUACCCAGACGGCAGGGAGGCUGAGAGCUUGGAGCAGACACCAGCAGGGGCCCCUUCCACUGCCAACGGCCAGGGCUCCGAAUCCGAAGCUAGCCUGUCUAAUACCUCAGCGGCAGAGUCAGCUCCAUCUGGGGAUACCGAAGGGCAUGGGGAGGAAGAGAAGGGCCCCGCAGCAGCAGACACCCUUCCUCCAGGAGGGGUGGAGGGGCCAGAAGAAGAGAGGCCAGAGAUUGGUUCCGGAGGGCAACCAGGACAGGAGGGGACUGCCAGUGUGGGGGCAGAAGUACAAGAAGGGAGUAGUGGGGUCCCUGGGGAAUUCCAGGGACUCUUAGGUGGUAGCCCCGUGGAAGAGGCAGCAGCAGGGACAACAGAGUCCACAGCCACCCAGGUUUCCCCUAGCGUAGAGGGUGAAGAGGUCUAUACAGUGGAGGCAAGGGAAAAGGGCACCACAGGGUCUGGUCACCACUCCGCAGAACUGGAUGGAGUCCAGGAUGCCACAGUUGCUGGAGAUGAAUCAGAGGCUGAUAUGGCUGCAGAAGCCAGGGAGGGGGCAGAGGACCAGCCCCCGGGCCACAGCCUGCGGUCAGAAGAGGAAGCCACUGUAGGGCCCGAUCACCAGUCCACUGACCUAGAUGCAGUCUCUGACAACACGUCUUCUGGAGGAGAGGCAGGAGAAGCUGCAGAAGGAGCAGCUGACCAGAGCCAACUCCUUUCCUCUCAAAAAGAAGUCGGGGCUAGCCCAGGGUCUGGUCACCAGCCUACAGAGCUAGUUACAGCCCUGGAUGCCACAUCUGCUGGAGAAGAAUCAAAAGCUGAGGUGGAUACAGAAGCUGGGGAGAAGGCUGAGGACCAAGGGGAGCCUAGACCUAGCCAGGAGGCUGGCUCGGCUAUAGAGGCCAGUGAACAGUCCGGGGGCACCCAGAGUUCCAAGGACAGGGAGACAGAGAACUACCCUCCUGAGGCCCAGGUAUCAGGGACGCCUGAGGAGGGCCUGGCUCAGGCCUCCUCUGAGGAAGAGGGUGAUGAAGAAGGAGGAAGUGAAGAAGGAGGAGCUCCAUCUAAGGAGGAGUCUGAAGAAGACAGCGGUGAUGGAGCUAGCUCAGAAGAAGAGGGAAACGGCUCUGGGGAGGCUGGGGAGCCCCAGGAAGCAGCAGAAACCACAGAACGCGAAGAGGAAGGCAUCCAGCUUGAUGUGGAAGAUUUGGACGCGGGGUCUGAGGGUGGCAAGACCCAGGGUGCAGAGGUGGAGGCAUCCAAAGAAAGACAACAGGGCAGAGGGAAUCCUGUAAUUGCUCACCAGGCGGUACUGCAGCGGCUGCGGAAGAUCUACCAUACGUCCAUCAAGCCCUUGGAGCAGUCUUACAAGUACAAUGAGCUGAGACAGCAUGAGAUCACAGAUGGAGAGAUCACCUCCAAGCCAAUGGUGCUGUUCCUGGGACCGUGGAGCGUUGGCAAAUCCACCAUGAUAAACUACCUCCUUGGGUUAGAAGAAACUCGCUACCAGCUUUAUACAGGUGCUGAACCUACCACCUCCGAGUUCACCGUCCUUAUGCACGGGCCCAAGCUGAAAACCAUUGAGGGCAUCGUCAUGGCUGCUGACAGCGCCCGAUCCUUCUCACCCCUCGAAAAGUUUGGCCAGAAUUUUCUGGAGAAGUUGAUUGGCAUCGAGGUUCCCCACAAACUUCUAGAACGAGUCACUUUUGUAGAUACACCAGGCAUCAUUGAGAACCGCAAACAACAGGAAAGAGGCUACCCCUUCAACGACGUGUGUCAGUGGUUCAUCGACAGAGCCGACCUCAUCUUUGUUGUCUUUGAUCCCACCAAGCUGGACGUGGGCCUGGAGCUGGAGACGCUCUUCCGCCAGCUGAAGGGACGGGAGUCCCAGAUAAGGAUCAUUCUGAACAAGGCCGACAACCUGGCCACGCAAAUGCUCAUGCGGGUGUACGGAGCUCUUUUCUGGAGCCUGGCCCCGCUCAUCAACGUCACAGAGCCUCCACGGGUUUAUGUCAGCUCCUUCUGGCCACAGGACUAUAAGCCCGACACCCACCGGGAGCUGUUCCUCAAAGAGGAGAUCUCUCUGCUGGAAGACCUGAACCAGGUGAUUGAGAACAGGUUAGAGAACAAGAUUGCUUUUAUUCGCCAGCAUGCCAUCCGCGUCCGCAUCCAUGCCCUUCUAGUUGACCGCUAUCUACAGACUUACAAGGACAAAAUGACCUUCUUCAGUGAUGGGGAACUGGUUUUUAAGGACAUUGUGGAAGAUCCUGAUAAAUUCUACAUUUUCAAGACCAUCCUGGCAAAGACCAACGUCAGCAAGUUUGACCUUCCCAACCGUGAGGCCUACAAGGACUUCUUUGGCAUCAACCCCAUUUCCAAUUUCAAACUCCUCUCUCAGCAGUGCUCUUACAUGGGGGGUUGCUUCCUGGAGAAGAUUGAACGGGCCAUCACCCAGGAGCUCCCCGGCCUUCUGGGGAGCCUGGGGCUUGGGAAGAACCCAGGUGCUCCUAACUGUGACAAAACAGGUUGCGGCGAGGCCCCAAAGAAUCGCUAUAAAAAGCACUAGGUCAUGUUCAGCCAUUCUCGGGGCCCCAUGGGUGAAUGAGCUUGUGUCCUAACCGUCUGAGAAGUCCCGGUUUUAGCCCUUUGAGCCAUACUGGUGACAAUCAGUCUGAAUUGGAGAUUUGGGAGUUCAUUGAGGCCGGUGAAUCAGGGAAGGAACAAGGGAGGAGAGUGGAAACUGUGAAUUAUAGUCUGCUUGUCUUAUUGCUUCAGUUAGAAGGCCUGGCACAGGCUAGUCAGGCUUCCCUUGUUUUUCCUGGGUCAUGUCUUGGAGGGACAGAGAGCAGCUAACUCCUAAUGAAUACUAAAAUACUGAGGGUCAGAUAAGCUAAACUCAGCUGAAGUUUCCCAAGCAACAGAGGGUUCUCAGGUCCAGUGUCAACUCCUUUCACACAAAUCUUCUGUCCGUUCCCAUCUCCUCAGCUCCCUCCUAAGUUUGGGUGGAUUUCCAGCAGUGGACAGUCUCUGAGUCUGGUCUUCAUGGACUUGGAACCCAGCCUUGGAAUCUUCUUCCUGUCUUCCCAAUGGGUAGGGCAUCCAGGACACUAAAAGUUUUCAGAUUAGUGUUGGCUGGCCUCUCCAGGUAUCAUUUCAUUGAUGUCUCAGUUGGAGAGCUCAGCUCAGUUGGCCCCAGAAUGAGGGUGACUGAGUGACGAACUCAAGUACUCUUCCUCCUGGAAGUGACUUACAUGAAGGGCUCAGGGCUUAGUUGGUUUGCAGUGUGUCUUUGUCUGUUGCAUGUCUUGGAAAACUCAGAUCACAAAGGUGUUGAUUUCAGAAAGGACAUGGUGACCUUGCUCCUUCCUGGUCCUUGGAGGUUUCUCUGGACAGUCCCCUCUCCCAAGUUUCAGAGGAAACUGUUUCUACAACUUCUUUGUGGGAGCACUUGACAGAGGACAUGUCUCCUCUGGUUUCCAGAAGUGUGGCUUCUCCUUCCCUUCUCCAUUCCCCGAUGCACCAACAUUUCCCUUUGAGAGAAAUUCCCUAGACUCAGAACCAGCCCCAGCCCCGUGGCAUUGGUGGCAGACAAGGCCUGAGGUUCAGAUCCAACCUGAACUUCUGCAGAUGUCCACUGAGUGCAGUCAGGACCGUCACACUGUGUGUCCACUGUACAAGAGAGAGCUAGGACAAUGACAGACUCGAGGGCACAGAGAGAAGACUCCUGAGAGUCGUGCAUGGCAGAAUACGCUGCCACCUUGGAGCGCAUGGGGGCAUGAAGCCUUGGGAGGAUGAAGAGCUUUUGGAUAGAGCAGGUCAGGUGAAGGUCAGACUGUCUUGAGGGCUUCCUUUGAGCACAGCUGGCUGCGUUUUUUUGGGGGGAGCAAGCUGUCUUUGCUUUUGCCUUGACUUUGAGGCAUGGGUUGGGAUCCACCAGUACCAGUGAGUCAUCUGGAGCAGAAGGAAAGUGGGAAGGAAGGUUGAGCCAGAGCUGUUCCUUCUGAGGAUCAGGUAGGGAGUAGAAGCAGAUGGGUACGCGGUAGGGCUACAUAGAGAACUUCAGUUUAGGAGUUCAUGUCUUUGAGCACUUAGUCUGGCGCCAACUGGGAGGGAGGGGAGCUGCUGCCUUGGCUUCCCACAAGUCACACGUCCCAAAGCUGCCAGGACACUGUUCCUUCCAUAGGGUCAUGCAUGGUGCCUAGUGGCUCGGGCAGAUGAGCUGCAGUCUACCUUUUCCUCUUAAAAUAUGCAUCCAAGCCCAAAGCUCCUCUCAUCUCUCCAGUACUUAUUCUCUGGAGAGACUGUCCCACCCACCUUUCCCCUUCAUGCUCCUCAUGCCUGAGGGCUUUGUGUAGCAACUCUGCUUUCCCUCAGUGCAGUCGAGGAGCUGUCCUAGCUGUCAGGGCCUGCAUGCUUGGUGGGGAGCAGGUGAGCCGAGGCAAACACAGUCAUCCAGUAUUGGUGUUGGGGGAGGGGCAUUUUAUCGGGGUCACUGUCCUUCUGGGUUUUCCUCCAUCUUUUUCUUCUUUGUCUCCAUUCUGCUGCCCUCCUCCCUGCCCGCGCCCACCCAGUUCACUUUCCUCUCCUGCCCACGGGCUGCUGAUGAGCCAGCACAGGGGUUAGCACCCAUCUGUGCCCAGCUCUGCAGAGAUGGAUUCUGAGUAGGAUUCUGACUCUAGGAGGAGAUUCCUGAGUGGAAUAUCCGUGUAGGUGCUGGGACAGUGGCUGACCUUUCCUGUCUUCUUCCCAUCCUGGCUUCGUCAGGGAGGGCGUCUCAAUAAAGUUCCAAUCUCUCUUCAACACCUUGUCCCUCUCGAUUGUGUCCAGCCAGGUGAAUCUCUUAGCUUCCUUUUACCCAGCAGAGUAGACUCAUUUUCA